AGAAGCAACAGAGCUGGGAGUCCGUCUCAGCAGGUGGAAAUGAGCCAGCCAUGCACCAAGGGUCCAGCAGGAUCCAGGCCUGGUUCAGUCGGCCAUGGGCCAGGCAAGGUUUGGUUGUGUUCUGGAGAUGAGCCAGAGUGGACUAGCAUUGACUAAGGUCGCUGUGACUGGUCUGGGUAGACCCCAGAACUGGCUCUGACUUGAGUGAUUUGUCUCCAAGGACCGAGCAGUUCUGAGUUACAGGUUUUGGCUGGUAAACUACCUUGUUUAGGUCCAAGAGAAACAUGUCCCACCCACCCUUUCUUUCAUUCUGCAGACGUGAUGAUAGACAGGAGCGCUUUCUCCCUUUUAGGGAACUGAACACACAUUCCUGUUCAGUGAGGCUAUCCUGACAGCUGAAUGGGUCUCGGGGCUUGCCAGACCUUCAGAACUUCACUGAGAAAGAUUUUGAGGGGCUAAAGAAGAGUCCCAGGGUAUGGGUGUUUGGAGAGCCUGCAGCCAGGGGUCAGCCUUCCCCAGAGAGAAUCAUAGGGAGUUUGAGAUGGUGUCUAAACUUAUGUAAUUAGCACAAAGCCCACCCUCUGAGUAACUAACUGUUGGUCUUGGCUGCUAAAAAAAUCCCAGAGGCGUUGGCUGUGUUUGGUGGACAGUGAUGACCAGUUGUAGGAUGUUUUCAGAGUGAGCACAAAAAGUAUUGUGGGGUCACAGGACCCAGGCAUGGACACACCCCUAGGGGAGUGUCAGUAAGCAUUUGCUACCAAACGCCUUGUUCUUAUUAGCAGACGUUCUUAUUAGCCAGCUGGGCAUAAGCAGAGGGAAAUGGGGCUCUGAGUGCCAGAAAAAGCAAAUUCCCCAAAUUCAGGGGAUGAGAAGUCCCCCUGGGAAGCAGUGGAGACUGCAGCCAGCCCCACCCUGCUCUACAUUGGAGGCAGAUGGGAGAGUGAGGAAGAACCGGUUCCAGUGGAAAGUUGGAGCUGUGGUGGAGACGGGAAAGCUAGGAAGCUGGGGAAGUCAGACAGCAUUGUACGUGGCAUGGCCCUGGAUCUGCAGCUCCGAAGCUGGCUUUGGGCAAUCCUGUGCCUCUCCCUUCCUGUGGGGGCUGCAUCUCGAUGGCACACAGGACAGCCUAUGGACAGUGCUGGUGUGGGCGGUGUUCCCCCGGAGCCAGAGCACCUGGACGUGGUGUUUGAGCUCCUGUGGACAGGGCUGAAGCUGGACACCACAGGACAGUUCAGCGUCCGGGAUGAGGAGCUGGCGUCAACGCGCCCUGGCCGACGCCUCGUCCUCUUCCUCCGGCGCUGGGUCCCCAGCACCUUGGCUGGCACUGAGCAGCAGCUGGGGCAGUGGCACCAGGCCACCCCCCUGAGCCCCUCAAGCUUCCGGCAACUGAUGCUCACUGGCGUGGCCUGCAUCUAUCGCCUUCAUGCAGCUCUCGAGGGAGAGGAGAGGGCUGGCUGGGCUGAGCUCUUCUCCCUUUUGGGACAGGAAAUCCUCCAGGACCUGUGCAAGGACCACUGUCCCCAGGGCCAGACCCCCUUGCUGAGUCCUUGGGCCUUCCCCAGUGACCCCUAAGCCCUGCCCUGGGCAGUGGGCAUCUCCUGCUUCUUUCCAGCUCCCGCCCCUCCACCUCGGGGAGCCCCCCUGCCCUGGGGGGUUCAGCUCUUCUCUCUCCUGCUCUUGCCUCUUUCUCAGACCCGUGGUCCCCAGGAAGCACAGGGGAAGUCCCCUAGGCGCUCUGGUCAUCAGUUGCCUCACCUGUAAAAUGAGAGUUGACCUCGAUGAUUUCUAAUGUCUCUUUCAGCUCUAAAUCCUAUGGCUCGGCACGGGGUCACAGCUUGGGCAAUAUAUAUGCAUGUACACAUACACACAUACAUAUUUAUAUGAGAGUAGCAGUCCUAAGAACAAUCGCAGAGCUGGAACUAGGGGAUGUGGUGUCCGGUCUUCCCUGGGCAGCACUUCGCAGUGCAUGGCACAUAGUAGGCACUUAAAAAAAUGUUUAUUGACUGACUGACUGAGAGAAUUGUGGAGUCAUCAGUAAUCCUCCAGGGGCCCCCUGACUGACUGGCAAGGCUGGGGAUAGAAAAAGAACUUUUCCCAACCCUAGACUUGACCUUGACUUUGAAAUCACAAUUUUAACCAUAAUCCCAACUCCCAAUCCCAUAGCUUCCUGAAAAGUCUUUCAGCAAUAGGAUUAAGUGAAGGAGGUUUGGAGGGAGGAGCCAGGAAGCUUGCUGAACGUCAGUGAGAUCUGAUGUGGGAAUGAUGAGGGGGGACGGGGCCCUGUGCACAGGUAAGGCAAGCAUCAGCAGGGCAUGCUGCUCCCGCCAUUCUAACGAGACCAUCCCACCUUCCUGGGAGAACUGAGGCAGACGCUGAGAAGCAAAGCCAAGCUCUUCUUGAGAGUCACUUGGUUAUUGCCAAGUCCUGGGUCGACUGCCAGAGGUCAGAAUGGGACUCUCAAGGAACCGAGCUAUAAUGGCGGUGGGGAAGGAGGUAUCUAGACUUAUCCUCCUUUUGGGAAAUUUCAUGUUGGACAUGAGCGUUGUGAGGAGCAGAAUCUGGACUGCUGAGCCACCUAAGCCUCCCACCCCCUUUUCUGUCCUCCCAGGCUCCUAGGGUCCUGGCCUAAAGAGCAACCGUAACCUCAUGUCCCUGCCAACCUUCCCCUAACGUACUCUGCAGAUCUGCUCUGUGGUAACGUUUUGCUAUGGGCAUGGUGAUGUCCCCUUUCCUCCUCUAUUCAUUCCUCGAACCAGUUCGUCCAUGUCAGAGCAAGUGGCUGUUCUCAGCAUCAGCCCAUGUUAAAGCUCACAUUCUCCUACGUCCUAUAAACCAUCCUCUUCAAUGCCAUGAAAAGGAAUCAGAGAUUCGAGGGAGGGUUGGGUGGUGGGUAUGAUAGAAGAAAGUCCCGACGUAGACAUUGGGUCAGUUAAAGGGAUCUAACGAAAUGGGCACGUGGAAGGAGGGUUGGGCCAAAAGUAGGAGGAGGUGAGCUAGGGAGGUUCACCAAGGAGUAUAUCUGGCUGAAGAGAGAGGAGAGCAUGGAGGAGUGGGGAUGAAGAGGUUCAGGUAGGGAAUCCAGUUAGAGGGGAGUCAGGGACGUCAGGGAGUCAGCAUCAGACUGGGAGAGGGGUAUCAUUGGGCCAGGGUCAGAGCCCAGGAACCAUAUGGGGAAGUCAGACCAUCAGGCUUAGAUGAUGAGGUCAGACGCCUAAACAGGGGGUUAAAACAGAAGUCGGGUCAGAUGAGAAGGCAAGUUAGGGCACAGGGGCUGAGUUGCAACUAGCAUCUCUAUGCACUGCCUUUUUUUUCUUUAGGGGUUAAGUGACUUGCCCAGGGUCACACAACUAGUAAGUUUCUGAGGCUGGAUUUGAACUCAGGUCCUCCUGACUCCAGAGCCUGUGCUGUAUCCACUGUACCACCAACUGCCCCCCAAAGUAUCUCUUUUCCACUUAGAGGAUUUGGCCUAUAACAUAAACAGAGUUUCUCUGUCUUUAUAUUGCUGGCGUCUAGCACCAUUCUGGGCACUUAAUAAAUGCUUGUGGAUUAA